UACAAGUCCCACGAUGCACUACGCCGACACGGUCGCUAUCAUGACGCAUCUUCAACAUAGCCUCAGCUGAUGAAGCUUUCUAUUUGCUAACAUUUAGGAGGCAAGCUCCUUGUGGUUUAGCGUUGGAGAAGUAGCAGCAUUUGAGGCAACCGGGGCUUUUCGAAAGCUGAAUAUGUGUCAGAUGUGCUGUGAAGCUGCCUUUGUUACGGUUAGUAGUAAACGAGAGCUUACAGGGGCUAGUCCGCUAAGGCUAGCUAAGUGAGUGGACCGAAUCGGUACCAGUUCGAACCUCUUGCUUGGAUAGCGAAACUCGACCUUAAUUCCAACGCUGCCCCGGCGAGGAGGCAUUGACAGUGGAGCUAACAUCAGCGGAACAUUGUCUGAAAGUGAGACACAAGAUUUUUGGCCACAGAAGAAGAUGGAGACUGUUGGGAAAAAGUAGGAGGAAGGAGCAUUCAUCAGGGUCAUGAAUCUUCAUCAGGUCCUCACAGGGGCAGUUAACCCCGGGGACAAUUGUUUCUCUGUAGGGAGCAUCAACAACGUACCAUUCACAGCCUAUGCUUCUGGUUGUGACGUGGUCAUUUUGGGCAGUGACUUUGAACGAGUGCAGAUCAUCCCAGGGGCCAAACAUGGAAACAUCCAGGUGGGAUGUGUCGACUGCUCACUGCAGGGAGGGCAGAUUGCAGCUUCCUAUGGAAGUAUCGUAUGCAUUUUUGAGCCAGUUCAGCAUCCUGAUCAAAAAGACACAUCACUGACAAAGUUGAACUGUCAAUGGCAGAAGACUGGCCAGAUUGUUUUGCAGUCUGUGGUGCGUAACCUGGCAUGGCACCCCAAAGGGAGCAUGCUUUUAACAGGCUCCACUUGCCUGCAGUUGUGGUCUCAUUUUGAUGAUGAUGCUGAAGGAGGACAGCGGGCAGAAAUAAGAGACUGUCACUGUGCUUGGAAGUGUAUCUGGCAAAGCAAGACGGCCUCUCCAGUCAGUUUAAUGAAGUUUUCUCCGGAUGGAGAAUUCUUUGCUACGGCUGGCCAGAAUGACUGCCUUGUGAAGGUGUGGUACAGCACUAAUAAGUGGAAGUCUGGAAGUGUCAUACUUUUCACACCUUCAGAAUCCAACGUCAACUCCCAGGCAGAGAUAGCCUUUUCCUUUGUGUACCUGGCCCAUCCGCGUUCUGUUAUUGGCUUUUCCUGGAGGAAGACCAGCAAGUACAUGCCACGCGGUUCAGUGUGUAAUGUCCUGCUCACCAGCUGUAAGGACAGUGUGUGUCGGCUCUGGGCCGAGACACUGUUGCCGGGGGACAGCCUCCUGUCGGGCCACCUUGGUCACCAACAAAGCGACGUUCUGAGAUCUGCAAGCUCUUCCAGGAUUUGCAAUGGGAGAUCACAAGCAGGAGCACUCCAGGAACCUCAUUUUUAUCCGGAUGCACCACAGCCCUCACACACUGGCGGCCUGUCCCACAACCAAAGCCGACACAACAGCCACAAGAAGAGCAGCAGCAACCUUUCCCACGCCAACGCGCUCUGUCACUUUCACAUAGCGGCCAGCAUCAACCCUGCAACAGACAUUCCACUGCUCCCCUCCAUAUCAUCCCUGAGUGCUGGGGAGGAUGCGGAACCCGGAGGUCUUUUCACCGUUCACUGGCUAAACAACAAAGAGCUUCACUUCACGUUAGCUAUGGAAGUCUUCCUGCAGCAGUUUCGCAGCAGCCUGGAGCAACAAAACGAUUGCCCUCAGGAAGAUUCCAAUAAUGAGGAUAACUCUGAAGAUGAAGUGACCAGCAGACCAAGUGGCCCUCAAGGACCCGAUGUCGCAGAGCUCCCCCUGGCAGCAGUGGAGCACCAAGUGGAUGUGCUUUUGGACGAGUGGAACAAAGGGGCAGACAUGCUGUUCAGCAUCCAUCCAACAGACGGCUCCCUGUUGGUCUGGAAUGUGGAUUGGCUGGAUGAAUAUCAUCCCCGAAUGUUUCGCCAAGCUCAGGUGUCGUUUGUGUCCCGUAUCCCUGUGGCUUUUCCUGCAGGGGAUGCCAUCUCUCUCAGUCACAGUGUGGUCAUGUAUGCUUGCAACAAGAAUGUAGAUUUGGCCAUCCAACAUGGGAGACAACGACCACCUGGGAACACGUUGCCCCAAACCAAAUCUGCACUUAUUAGUUAUGGCUGUCAAGUGAAAGUGGCACCAUGCAGCAGUCUUCGGUUGAGCAUUUUCACCCCCAACGUGCUUAUGAUAUCCAAGCAUGAUGACGGCUCCCUCAACCAGUGGGGUGUGAGUUUUGCGGAAGACUCUGCUUUCUCCACGGUGCUCAGCGUGUCUCACAAGUCAAGGUACUGCGGCCACCGGUUCCACCUAAACGACCUGGCCUGCCACUCUCUGCUGCCUCUGCUCCUCACCACCUCACACCACAAUGCAUUGAGGACCCCUGAGGUGGACAACAUCCUCGCCCCGCCAGAGGUCUUCUCUGGUUGCCACGGCUCACGGCCCAGCCGGUUGUCCUUGGGCAGCGUUUCGCAGGAUCCAAAUGCAAUCUACAGUGAGCUGAUUUUGUGGAGGGUCGACCCAGUGGGGCCGCUGUCCUUGUCCGGCGGAGUGUCUGAGUUGGCUCGGAUAAAUUCUCUUCAUGCCUCAGCUUUUGCUAAUGUAGCCUGGUUGCCCACACUCAUCCCCUGCAGCUGUUUAGGCGCUUACUGUAACUCUCCCAGCGCCUGCUUCGUCGCAAGUGACGGCCACUCACUCAGGCUUUAUCAGGCCGUUAUUGAAGCCAAGAAACUCCUCAGCGAGCUCUCCAAUCCUGAGAUAUCAAAAUAUGUUGGCGAGGUGUUCAACAUCGUCAGUCAGCAGUCGACUGCGAAACCAGGUUGUAUCAUUGAGCUGGACGCUGUGACUGACUUUCAGGGAAAGGAGACACAGCUCCUGCAUGUUUUUGAAGAGGAUCUGAUACUCGGCAGUGGGACACCUGACAGUUCACAGGAAAUGACAGAUUCAUCGCAUUGCUCUGCCCAGAACAAGCCCACCUUCGCUGCAAGUUUUUUUCUUGUAGUUGUUGAAUUAACCCCAAGUGGCCAGUCCCUCCUACAGAUGUGGCAUCUUCAUCUCGCGGCAAAACCUGUCACCAUGGCAGAUGAGACUUUCUCCCCACGAGACACCCCCACAGCUGCUUCAAACGGCCACUCUCCGUUUAACUUUGAUCCCUUCAGUUCGCCAAUAAUUCAGAAGAGUAAACCCUGCACAUCCAAUCUGCAGAGUGCAUGUCGCCUCGGCCUCACGACCCAGCGUCUGUACAGCCAAGAAUUGCCUCUACCAGCCGGGGUAGAGGCCAUCAGCGUUACACCCUCAGCAGGUCAUCUCAGUGCUUCGUGUUCCCUGCCAGCUGGCCGUGUGCCAUACCUCAUUGCGACUUCCUGUUCUGACGGAAAGGUGCGCUUCUGGAGGUGUAACGCCACGACAUCCGAGACUUGCGGUAAUGCCAAGCUGGUGUAUCAGUGGGAGGAGUGGCCUCUUCUUGUGGAAGAUAGGCUUCCAAACUGCAGUGCCGUGAGCGUCCCAGGUCGUCCCGUUCAGGUCAGCUGCUGUCACGCCGGACGAAUGGCAGUCGCCUACAGGCAGACGACGCCAGACACACCUCUGAACUUGACACCUCAGCUAAGCUCUCACACGCUGAUGACUGUCCCUCCUACGCUGGCUUCUUCACCUUAUUUGUACCGCAACAACAUAAGCCAUCACGUCACUCCUACCGUGACUGUGCAGCACAGCCCAAAUGUGUAUCCGGCCCUUUCCUUAGCAAGCGCCAGAGACCAGCUGGUCUACAUUGCCAUCUUCCAGUGUGAAUCUACAGGUGGUUCACAAUGGAUUCUAGAACAAACUAUUGUCUUGGAUAAAGCAGAUCCUAACAGCACCACAUCUCCAUGUGGCAACAUAGACUUGACUUUGCCCAAUGAGCACUGCCUUGGUUCUACUCAUAAGAGUUUGGUUCACUUGGACUGGGUGUCCCAAGAGGAUGGGUCACAUGUUUUGACUGUCGGCAUAGGUACAAAGAUUUACAUGUUUGGACGUCUGUCUGGAAAGCCUCCUGAACUUUGCCUGACAUCCGAUGGCAGCCGAGAUCAAAGCUUGUCCCGCCUAGUUCUGCUUCGAUCUGUUGACCUCGUCUCUUCUGUUGAAGGCUCACCGCCCAUCCCAGUCUCCCUCUCCUGGGUGCGUGAUGGUAUCUUGGUAGUAGGUAUGGACUGUGAGAUGCACGUCUACUCCCAAUGGCAGCCCCCAGCACCUCCCAAGCCCAAUGCUGCCAUUCCCCAGGACACAGACAUCUGCAGCAGUGUGUCCUCCAUUGUCUCAGCCGUGAGACAAAGCCAAGAAGACGGGCUCACUCUUGGGCCUCCCACUUCUUUACUAGCCCCUCCUAAAAAAGCCCUCACAAGGUCAAUGAUGAGCCUGGCUCAGAAGCUCAGCGGCAAGAGAACGUUCUAUGACCUUCCCUUGGAGAUGGAAGAUUCUGGACUCUUUGAAGCAGCUCACCAGCUUUUUCCCACACUGCCACAGUACCACCCGGUACAAUUACUGGAACUCAUGGAUCUAGGAAAAGUUCACCGUGCCAAAGCCAUCCUCUCCCACCUGGUCAAAUGCAUCGCUGGGGAAAUCGUGCCUCUUAAAGACAACACCUCCAACCCAGAGAAACGGAUACGCUCUCGAACUAUCAGUGCAGGAGGGAGCACGGCCAGGGAAAGGAAGAUGUUUGGCAAAGAUGAGAAUUCCACACCGGAUUACACAGAAAUCAGCUCUAUUCCUCCUCUUCCUCUCUAUGCCCUUCUUGCAGCUGAUGAGGAGACACCUCCAAAACCUGAAAAAGUGGGCAGUGUAAGCGGUGAUAGCGGGCAUGGAUCCGGUCACACAGAUGCUUACGAUGAGUUGUUUCACACGCCCAGCAUUGCGGACUUGGAUCCUCUGGGGCAGGAUGAGCAAGAAGAAGCUGGGAAUAAGGUAAUUGACCUGUCCCAGUACAGCCCCACAUACUUUGGUCCAGAGCAUGCCCAAAUUCUGUCCAGUCAUCUCUUGCACUCCAGUUUACCAGGCCUAACUCGCAUGGAGCAGAUGUCUCUCAUGGCACUGGCUGACACAAUUGCAACCACCAGCACAGACCUGAAAUAUAGCCAGGACCACAGCAAAGGUGGCGAGACACUGGAUGACUGUGGCCUUAAGUUUUUGCUUGCUGUCAGACUUCACACCUUCCUCUCUACCUCUCUGCCGCCAGCCCACCGAGCACAGCUGCUGCGGCAAGGCCUGUCGACGUGUCACUAUGCCUGGGCUUUCCACUCUGAAGCUGAAGAGGAGCUGCUUCACAUGCUGCCUGCCCUCCACCAGGGAGAGCCCACCUGGCCUGAGCUACGCUCUAUGGGUGUGGGCUGGUGGCUUAGGAGUCCCAACAAGCUUCGCAGAUGCAUUGAGAAGGUUGCUAAAGCCACUUUUCAGCGAAGUAAUGAUCCUCUGGAUGUAGCCAUAUUUUACCUGGCAAUGAAGAAGAAGGCAUUGGUCUGGGGGCUGUACAGAUCACAGAACAAUGCCAGGAUGACUGAAUUUUUCCGCAACAACUUCAGUGAAGACCGAUGGAGGAAAGCAGCUCUGAAAAAUGCCUUUUCUCUUUUGGGAAAGCAGCGAUUUCAUCAUUCAGCAGCCUUCUUCCUUUUAGCUGGCUCCCUUAAGGAUGCAGUAGAGGUGUGUUUAGAGAAACUGCAGGACCUUCAACUGGCUCUUGUGAUAUCCAGAUUAUACGAGUCAGAGUUUGAGACCGCAUCCACCUACAAAAAGAUCCUCCAGAGACAUGUGCUGGGACAUGAUAAGCAGAUACCAUUGCACCCGGAUCCAUUCUUGCGCAGCAUGGCCCACUGGGUGCUGGAGGACUACAGCAAAGCUUUGGACACUCUGCUGGAACAGACUCCCAGUAAAGCAAAGUCAGGGUCCAGUGAUACCGGUUCCGCAUCCUCAAGCAACGCCGAGGUUUUCAACUUCUACACCUUCCUCUGUACCCACCCGCUCCUCCUCCGUCGCCAUUUCGGCUCCUCUGACAAGGCGAAAGUCGGCCUGACUGCCGAGGGUCGCAGGGCUGAUUCUAUUAGCCUGGAUGAGAGGAGGCUCUUUUUCACUGCGGCGUAUGCUCACCUGCAAGCAGGCUGCCCAAUGCUAGCGCUUGAAGUCCUCUCCAAAAUGCCCAAAGUCCGCAAAAGUUCUAAAUUCACACAGGAGUCCCCCGAUCUCAGCGCCGGGAGUAAGAACGGGCCAACAUCAGACCAGGACUGGUCUGAGCCUGCGCUGAAUGGCUAUGAGUCAGGCGGUGGCAGUUUAUCAAAUAGUCGGUCGGAUUCAGUAUUGAGUUUUGACUGGAGCCAGCCAUCACUCACUCAUCCAGAUGAGCCACUGGAGUUGAAGUGGGACAGCGACAAAGAUGACAAAGAUGACGACAACGAUGAUGAGGAGGAAAGUGAAAGUGGGAAAAGCGGUAGAACUCUACACAACAGCAAUGUGUUCCACGACAUGCGGGACAGCAUGUUGCCUGCAAUGGAGGCGGUGAUCAGCGAGGACAGUGAGGACGGCGGUGACUUUAUCCACCCUCCUGAUGAUGUCUUUGCCGCACAGCUCAAGUUUACUGCCUGCUUGAAGAUUUUGACCAAUGAGCUGAGAACACUUUCAACAGGGUAUGAACUGGACGGAGGAAAACUACGUUACCAGCUCUACCAGUGGCUGGAAAGAGAGGUGGUGACUCUCCAACAAUGUUGCAGUUACAAGCCAUGUCUUCCAGAGAUGUCUACCCUAGAAGAUGCACAUAUCGCUGGGUUGGUGGAAAAUGAACUGCCUGCAAGCCCUUCCAGUGACAGACAAAGGAGCAGGAGACACUGGCUGAAGAGUAACCAGCCCUUACUGAGGAUGUUUCUGAGCUACUGCAGCUUGUACGGCUCACACGGUGGAGGACUGGCAUCUGUUCGCAUGGAGCUCAUUUUACUGCUUCAAGAAUCACACCAGGACAACUGCAGCGCAUCAGCUGCGGCGACAUGCUCACAGCACACUUCAUUCCCGCUCCUGAUGGCUUGUACAGCCAACGUGAAGACCGUGGUGGCUAAUCCCAUUGUCUACCUGACCAAUCUGACACACGACAUCCUCCAGACCAUCAAUGCGCUCAACUCUCCUCCACAUCCAGAUAUCGUUAACAAUGAGAUAUAUGUAAUGCACACUUUGGCUGCAUCCUUGUCUGCCUGUAUAUAUCAGUGUCUAUGUGACGGACACUAUAGUCACAUGAACAACUUCACAGGAAUGGUGUAUCAGAGCAUUUUGCUCUCUCAGAAGCAACAAGCAAGAGUCCCCAGCACGGAUGGCUCCAUUCAGCCAAACACUUCUCCUGCACAGUGGCCGGGUAUCGCCUCAAUGAUCCGUCUGUUGAGCUCAGCGGGUGAUGAGAGUCAGCCGGGCCUCGCCGUGCUGCUCUGUGAGAUUCUGACAGCUGUUUACCUCAGCCUCUUUGCUCACGGCAUGGCCACUCACUCAAGCAACGAGCUCUUUCGGAUCAUGGCCCACCCUCUCAGCAGCAACCUCUGGGUGACGGUGUUCGGGGGAGGCGCACGAACCCCCGUCAUUGAGAAAGCCAGCAGUCCAGCGAAAACUCCCCCGCCAGCUUCACCAGGAACAGACGUCUCUGAUAAAAAGCCCAGACGGUUCCGGCUGCUCUCGUCACGCAGCGGAUCGAAGGAAGAAUCCAGUAUAGAGAAGGAGCCCCCUUCCAGCCCCAAGCCCGAACCUGUGGUGGACCAUGAAGCCGCUUCCAUUUUCAAAGAAUGUUUUGUCCCACCAGAGCUCAGCAUUUGGGAUUACUUCAUCGCUAAACCAUUCCUGCCACCGUCGGAAAACAGAGUUCAAUACGACUCAGAGGAGAGCCAAGGCAGUGAAGAUGAAGAAGAGGACGAGGAUGACUAUGAUAAUAUAUUUGACCCCAACUCACCUCAAAAAGAACACACCAACUACAAUUCAUACAGUUGGUGUUUAAUGCGCUUGGCAAUGGUUCAGCUGGUGCUAGUCAACCUCAAGUCCUUCUACCCCAUGGCAGGAUAUGAUCUUUUGGACUUGCCCGGGGCCUCCCCGCUGUGUCACAGUGUGCUGAAGACGCUGCAGCGCUGGGAGCAGGUGCUGCAGAAAAGACUGGAACUCUUUGGAGGUCCUCCCUCUAAGUAUAUCACCACACAGUUCCAAGAGGAAGCCGUCACGCCAGGCCCUGCCCUACUCAAGCACAAGGCACUGUUUGAACCGUCCAAUACCCCAUUCAGGACGAGCCGCCAUUCAGCGCUCCCUGUCAAGCGCCUUUGGCAGUUCUUAGUGAAGCAAGAUGAAGUGCAGGAGACGUUCAUUAAAAACAUCUUCACCAAGAAACAUGACGCUGGCGAGUUGGUUGAAGACCAGACUGACAUGAAAUAUUCAGGGAUGGACGAGACAGGAAACCAUCAGACUGAGUCAGAUCUGGGCUGCCCUGGGGGGAAAGCCCGCAUCAUUCACAAGGAGUCAGACAUCAUCACGGCUUUUGCCAUCAACAAGGCAAAUCGUAAUUGCUUAGUCAUGGCCUCUACACAUGACAUUCAGGAGUUGGAUGUGUCGUCUAUUUUGGCCACACAGAUCUUGACGUGGAUCGAUGACGAGGAGGUUGAGGCGAAAGGAGUGGGCACGGAUGAUUUCCUCGUAAUCCACGCGCAUGAUGACUUUGUCACCCUGCACGGCACCACGCCGUACACUCGGAGCAGUCCCGGCACGCCCAUCAACAUGCCUUGGCUAGGAGGCCAUCAGACGGGGCGGGGAGCUUCGGUGAUGAUCAAGAGAAAUAUCAACAAUGUGAGAAGAAUGACCUCACAUCCCACGCUGCCGUACUACUUGACAGGGGCUCAAGACGGGAGCGUGAGGAUGUUCGAGUGGGGUCACUCUCAGCAGAUCAUCUGCUUCAGAAGUCCAGGCAACUCCAGAGUGACCAGGAUUCGAUUCAACCAUCAAGGAAAUAAGUUUGGGAUCGUGGAUGCCGAUGGCGCUUUGAGCCUCUGGCAGACCAACACAAGCGGUGCCGCUCCCAAACCUUAUCUGACUCUGCAGUGCCACAACAAGACGGCUCAUGAUUUUGUCUUUGUGGGCUCCUCCUCCCUCAUUGCCACUGCGGGUCUGUCCACAGACAACCGGAAUGUGUGUCUGUGGGACACGUUGGUGACUCCUAUUAACAGCCUUGUACACGCCUUCUUCUGCCACGAGUCGGGCGCCACCGUGCUGCUAAUGGCGCCCAGGCAGCAGUUGCUGAUCACGGGCGGGAGGAAGGGCUGGAUCAGCGUUCUGGAGCUCCCUCAUCGACACCAGCGGCAGAGCUUCCAGGCCCACGACUCGCCCGUCAAAGCGCUCGCAGUCAACCCGACCGAGGACUGCUUCAUCAGCGGCUCCGCCGAAGGCAGCCUCAAGGUGUGGAACCUGGCCACGCAGUGCCUGCUCUACUGCUUCCCCAACGAACACGCUCGGCAGUCGCUCUUCCGCAACCUGGGCACGGGCGUCAUGCAGGUGGAGGUGGGGCCGGCCAAUCACGUCUUCUCUUGCGGCGCCGACGGCACCAUGAAAAUGAGGAUCCUUCCCAACCGCUUCAGCGCUAAUAAUAACACCACCACCACCAGCCCCCAACAGCAUCACCAUGGCAACCUUAAGAGUGAUGUUAAGUUCAUCUUGUAGACAAGGACUGCGGAGAUGUUUCACCGAUAUCGUCAGAAACUCACAGUGGUCACAGCGUGUUUUUUUUUUUUGUUUUUUGUGCCCAAGUUGAGAUUUGUCUGCAGAGGCAAGAGGUAAGAGAAUCUCCUCCCCGUUACACGGGUUGAUUGGAAACGUUGGACGAUAAGCAAGCAUCCAAGCACACUGGAUCUGGAUGUCCAUUCCCGAUGGAAACGUUGACUUUGAAUGCGCACCUGAGCUGAGAUAAAUACCACUUGUGUCAUUUGUUGCAGUUUAAAGUCGGGAACAAGGUGAGGUCUGUGGCCGCCUGUGAAAAGACUAGAGUAGCUGCAGGCAGGUUCGAGGUAAGGCAAGUUGUGUCUCCGAUCUUUCCGGUUCGCUUGCGUCGAAACUUAGCUCAGUCACACGAGGCGUAUCAGACGACGCUGGUAAGACAUCAUCAGAAAUGGUCUCUCUUUUUGCACAUAACGGAGACACUGAAUUACACGACUCGCAAAAAAAGGUUGGGAUAUUAGGAUUGAAACGAACAGUUGGAAAUGUGCGAUCAAAGGUUGAGAGGUCAAAUUAAGUUGACCUGUCCAGCUCAGUGUGCAUAUCAGGUUCAUCCUUAAAUUCACACUUUUUGUGAGCCGUGUAAAAUGUCAAUAAAGCAGUUGAAUAGAAUGUAAAUAUGACGCCAUGUACAGCACAGUAGACAGAUCUGUAUUCAUCGCCAAUUGUAUGAAGUGUCCUUAAUCUUUGGCUACUAACUAGCUAUAGUGGUCUAUAUUCUUCGUAUAAAAUUGCACAAAAUGUAGCUUUAAUUUAACCCGUGCCCUCUUUGAAAUGGGCGCACCCUUUUUCCUAUUUUUGGGGAGGUACAGGGGGGCUGCUGUUGCUGCUGUUAUUCUCCGAAUAAGCUCAAAAGAAGUGUUGUGGGUGAGCAGGUUUUAAAUGUUGAUUUGUACAGAUGUUUUAUUCCAAUAACAGCACAAUUUCUGCUACUAAAUGUCAUUCAUUCUGGAUACUUUGAAUUAAAAUUGUUUUUUUUUUGUUGUUGUUUUCCCAACUAUUUAAAUUCUUCUUAAUCACCUGAGAGUUUGUUCUCCUGAAGGAACAAAACGCGCGCUAGUUUUGACUUCCUGGAAGAUGACAUUAUACCACACUGAAAAGAG